GGGCUGCCGGGCGGGAGGGCGGGGCCCGGGAUUGGAGCCGUAAUAGUACUCGGAGCCGGCGAAGGGGCGGGAGUCGAGUUCGGUCCAGGAGCGCGAAAGGAAGGCAAGAGUCAUGCAGGCUUCAGUAGCGGGAAAGGAAGCGGUUCAGGCAGCAGCCAGAGAGCUGCUCAAGUUUGUGAACCGGGGACCCUCCCCCUUCCACGUGGUGGCCGAGUGCCGGAGCCGGCUGCUGCAGGCCGGCUUCCAGGAGCUCAAAGAGGCGGAGAAAUGGGACCUCCAGCCCGAACGCAAGUACUUUGUGACCAGGAACUCCUCCACCAUCAUCGCCUUUGCAGUGGGGGGCCAGUACUCCCCCGGCAAUGGCUUCAGCGUCAUCGGGGCCCACACGGACAGCCCUUGCCUCAGGGUGAAACGCAGGUCCCGGCGCAGCCAGGGAGGCUUCCUGCAGGUGGGUGUGGAAACCUAUGGGGGCGGCAUCUGGAGCACCUGGUUUGACCGGGACCUCUCCUUGGCUGGGCGAGUCAUUAUCAAGAAUCCUUCCUCGGGGCAAAUUGAACAACGGUUGGUGCAUGUGGAGAGACCGAUACUGCGCAUCCCCCACUUGGCCAUCCAUCUCCAUCGGACUGUCAAUGAAAACUUCGGUCCCAACCCCGAGACCCACUUAAUACCCAUCCUGGCCACAGCGGUGCAGGAGGAGCUGGAGAAGGGCGUGUCUGAUUCAGGAUCUCCUGCUGCCAAGACGAACAGACACCAGUCAGUGCUCAUGUCUCUGCUCUCUGCCCAGUUGGGGCAGAAACCUGAGGACAUCCUGGAAAUGGAAUUGUGUCUCACAGACACUCAGCCUGCGGUCCUGGGAGGCGCCUAUGACGAGUUCAUCUUCUCCCCCCGACUGGACAACCUGCACAGCUGCUUCUGUGCCCUCCAGGCCUUAAUCGACUCCUGUGCUGCCCCAGCAUCCCUUGCUUCAGAGCCUAAUGUCCGAAUGGUUGCACUUUAUGACCAUGAAGAGGUUGGAUCACAGAGUGCCCAGGGAGCAGAGUCGUUGCUGACGGAGCUGGUGCUCCGGCGUAUCUCCGCCUCCCCCAAGAAUCUGACAGCCUUUGAGGAGGCCAUGCCCAAGUCCUACAUGAUCAGCGCCGACAUGGCCCAUGCCGUGCACCCCAACUAUCUGGAUAAGCAUGAGGAAGCCCACCGGCCCCUUUUCCACAAGGGACCUGUGAUUAAGGUGAACAACAAGCAACGCUACGCUUCCAACGCCGUUUCCGAGGCGCUGAUGCGCGAGGUGGCUGGACGAGUGGGGGUGCCCCUUCAGGAGUUCAUGGUUCGGAAUGAUUCCCCCUGUGGCACAACCAUUGGGCCCAUCCUGGCUGCUCGUCUGGGGCUGCGGGUGCUGGACUUGGGCAGCCCCCAGCUGGCCAUGCACUCCAUCCGGGAGAUGGCAUGCACCUCCAGUGUGCUGCAGACCCUCACCCUCUUUAAGGGCUUCUUCGAGCUGUUUCCUGUGGUGAGCCAAAAUUUUGCCGUGGAAUGAGACGUCUCAAGAGCUUCUCUUCCCUUCCUCACUCAUUGGGCUCAGAAUGUCAGUUCUCACCUGACUCAGAAUUGAAAUAUUAAAAUGAAUUUUUCACU